AUGGAUGAACCCCUGCUGCCUGCGCACCGCGUGCCUCAUGAUUUGCUCUUCAGAAGGCUUGGUCCCUUGGUGGCGAAGGGCUUGCAGCUACCGGACUUGUGGCGAUUGGAGGUGGACGUCCCUCAAGCGGAUGCGCUUCUUCAAGAGAAGCUCCGAAGACCACGACCAGCUCCGGAGCUUCAAGAAUGCGGAAGGCGUGCUCCAUGGACCGCGUCUUGGGAUCGCUUACCGGCGCUGGUGCAGAAGCUUUGCUUAGCCUAUUGGCCGGACAUGCUCCCCGCCAGCCUUUUCAAGUUGGCCGCCGACUUGCUCCGAUAUGUAUCGGCCUACUUGUUGUCGCGGCUCCUGGACGCCAUGGAAACCCACGAGGCUCCGAUCACGGCCUUCCUGCUGGCCUGGCUCCUGCCGCUCGCGACGCUGGCGCAGGCGGUUUUGGUGAACCAAUACUUCUGGCACUCACUUCGGCUUGGUGCCAUUGUUCGUGGAGCCAUGGCCGCAGCACUCUUCCGGCGCACGUUGGGUGACCCGAUGGUGGAGACCGACUGA